AUGGAACAGCCAUCCUCAAGCUCCAAGGUUACAGUUGAGUACUUUGACCCGCAUGGAGUAUACCAGCUCCUCUCUCCAGGACUGCUGCCUCGGCUGCCUUUGCGAAAUCUACACUGGGAGUCUCAUGCCGGCCCAUUACGUUCCAUAUCCUCCCUCCACGUCGACCUCAUCCCCUCUGCCCAAGGAUCGCGUCCUCUGUCCUCGACGGGCACACCUGCUAGUAGCAACCUGAAUCUUUCGCGGGUGAAGAGCGAAGACUCGGCAGUAAGCAGUGAUGAUGGAUUUCGGCCACAGGCUUUAGGCCAGGCUGCGGUGGACAAACCGGAAGCUGGGGCAGAGCCAGGACCGAAGCCCAUUGUCAAAGAAAGGAGACACCAGAUACCAGGUCUACGGCAGACCCCAUAUCUCAAGGUCUUUUUCUUACGAUGCGAUGAUAAUGAAACGUACAAGACGCAAGCUCGGAGGCAGGUCCGAGAAUGGAUCAAAGAGCACACACCGCCGGCGCAAAGCACAUCGAAACAGAGCAAGCAGGAAAACCAUGAUGCUUAUGAAUGGGUUAUAGUGCAUGUUGUCGUACCCAAUACGUCUGCUGCAACGCAGCCAAGGACGAGUGGGAAGGGUUCGGAAGGGGGUUUAACUACUGAGAAAGCCACGGCACGUUGGAGAGGGGGCGGUUCAACCACCAUAUUGGAAAAGCUAGGGGCAGAUUUCAAUAGCUCAUCAAAGUCUGCGCCGGAUCGAGUCGCUCAAAUCCGUAUUGGCGUCAACGACGUACCCUAUGAGAUGCUCCCUCGUGUCGUUCCAGCAAUUCCAGGCUCAUAUACCGAAACACCACAAGAUAACGAGAAUUCUUGGCAGGAUCUCAUCUCAAAAUUAAAGUCUUUGAUUCUGGCAUCGUUUGAUAUGCGCGUCACUCAAUACGAGGAAGAUAUUCGCGAAAAAGAUGCCCAGAGGACGUUACCUGGAUGGAAUUUUUGUACUUUCUUCGUACUUAAGGAAGGUCUAGCAAGAGGAUUUGAAAGCGUGGGCCUUGUUGAAGAUGCUCUAGUUGGAUAUGAUGAACUUGCAGUUGGUCUUGAUACUAUUAUUAGGGAGCAAGCUACAACGGGCCCUGGCCCUCAGCAUGGUGGCUCUUUCUUGCCUUAUACGGAGGAUCUCAAAACUCAAGCGCAACGAGCAAAAGCUGCGAUACUCAAGGAUACGUGCCAGGAGGAAAUCUCCACUGAACCGGAUGAGCCUAUUGAUCUCCAAUCAAGCCCAGAAGCCACCGACCAGGAUGCGGACGAGAUACCUGUGAAUGCAUUGAAGAAGCGCUAUCGAGAGCUUAUUCUCUCAAAUAAUAUCUCGAUUUUUGACUUUCGUUGCUACAUUUUUGCUCGACAGCUAUCUCUAUUGCUCCGCCUUGCGAACGCAUGGUCAUCCCAGGAGGAAUUGCUUGCAAAGAUUAAGGAACAACGAGUGUCAAGUUUACAGGGAGUGGCUGCCCGAUUGCCUCCCUCUCAACCUUCAGAGGAGGGAGAGCAUCUUGCCGUGCUUGCUGAAAUAUGUAACAGAUCCAUGGAUUUUGUUGUAGCUAUUGCGCGUAUUCUACGUGAUGACAUCUGGGCAUCUCAAUCACAAACCAAACAAUCCGCUGGGGCGGAAGAUGAAAAGAUCAACUCUGAGGCGGAAUUGGACCCUAUAAUGGUACAAGUUGUGGAUAAUAUCGCUUCGUCUUUCACGUUUUCUGUGGCACAACAAAUCCUCGCACAAACAUCUACCAAAGCCCUGCCUAUUCCCCCAUCGACGCUAGCGCCUCCAGGUGCUAAGAUUGGCCUUGAUGGGCAAGAACCGAAAGCUUCCAUCCCUGAACCUAAGACUAUGAUGCAUCCCGCUCGUAGCAGCUCUCUUGCAAUCCGCUCACCUCCUCGAGAGCCUCCUAGUCCUGGAGUGUUCCCGAGGGGUCGAAGGUCCAGUGUACCUGAGCAGGGAGCAUCUUCGACUUUUAUCAAAGCUGGGCUUGAGGAGCUGGCAGCGCAUAGAGCAGAGCUCUACCUGCUCUCACGAACUGUGCUCGAACGGGAGGGGAAAGAGCGAGGGUGGAGCGCUGGCUGGGAUGAGAUACCGCAGAUCUGCCAUAAAGAAGAAGAAAUGGAAGAUGUUGACCUUUCAGAAGAACCCACUAGUGAAACUCAGAAACCGGAAACGUCUUCAACAGUCCAACCUACCUUGCACGGAAUUAAUAACAAGCUUCUAAGAACCGCCCUUGAUAAUGAAAACGACUUCUAUCGGCUCUACGAGACUAUGACGGACAAGGCACUCCGCCACUAUACUGUGGCAGGCCAUACCCAAUCCGUGUCGGCUUGCAUGGCUGAUCUGGCUGUUCAUAAAGAUAAUCUCAAGGAUUAUUCAGCUGCGGCGUCCUACUUCUAUCGCAUAACAGCAUCCUACGGCGACGACGGCUGGGCAGAGGCAGAGCUCCCAAUGCUAGUGAUGUAUGCCAGAUGCCUCAAGGAACUUCAACGUAAGGAGGAAUAUGUCCAUAUUGUGCUGAAGCUUUUAUCGAAGGCCGCUGCCAGUGAAAAAGACAGACAAAAGCGAAAAUCAAGUUUACGCCUUGGUGGCCAUGCCAAUUUUGGCAGUGAAGAACCUAUAUCAACCACCUCUUAUAUUCAUGAACUCCUGCAGAUCACAAAAUCUUUGGGUCAUGAAAUACAAGUACCUCUUGAGAACUUUUUCAGUCGGGUUGAGGUUGAUGGUACGCCUCGGUAUCACGCGGGAAAAGAUAGCUUUGCUAUUCAACUCCGGUUUCAGUAUCUGCUAUCAGAUGAUUUAGCGGUUGAAAAGGCUAAGGUCAGGAUAAACGCUCUUUCUGGAGAUACCAGUCGUGAAAUUUGGCUCGAAACAAGUGGCCCCUCCAUUUUCAAAAAGGGCGAUGGAACAUUGUUGGUACAGAGUAACGUCAUUGUGCCAGGGCCAUAUACGGUCAGUCAUGUGAGCCUCUAUACCAAUAAUAUUGCUCUCCAUUACGAGCAUGUGACCGCGCCCUUGACCCCCUUCAAGGGGGAGGUUUUCUUCAAGUGCCCAAAACUCCUCCUCUACCAUCGGCCAGAGGCCUUUGAUGUCAGACUGGUUGCCUCAAAGCAUAUGCAUCUGGAUCAUAACCGGUCGUUAGAACUCGAGCUCGCACCCGGUUGGAACGAAGUAACUAGUGGGGUGUUACAUAUUCGAGCCGCAACGGCAGGGCUCAGGCUUCAGACUGCUGAAGUCAAGGUUGUCGAUGGCUCCCUUGAGCUCUCUAAAAAGUCGGAAGCUGGUGUCAUUCGCUUUGGUCCCCUUGCAUCUGGCUCCACCACCAAAAUCCGGCUGCCGUUCAAUCUCGAACAUGAAGCAAAUGACAUUACGCUCAAGCUGGAAUUAUCUUAUACCACUGACAAAGGAACUUUUUCCUUCGCCACUACACCAUCGGUAUCUAUUAUACUUCCCCUGGGGGUCAAUGUUCAUGACGUUUUCAAACACAGAGCACUUUUCUCUAAAUUCACCAUAUCAUCCGCAACUUCCAGUCCGCUCCGAUUAUUAAGCACCACGUUGGAAGGGUCUGAAGUCUUUGAAGCCCAAUCUGGUGUUACACUCACUCGUCCACUGAUGAUUUUCCCACGACAGCCUGCGUCGAUGCUGUAUAAGAUCACCAAACGAACACCAACGACCCCUUUACCACGUUCUAGCUCGCAUAAGGACCAGAAGUCGACAUCACUAUCUCUCGUUCUUCACUAUAUUUGCCUUGAAGAGGAAAUUGACGAUGCGAUUACUAAAAGCCUUCAAGCGGCACACCAAGAUACCCCAUUGCAUCAAUAUUCUCGAUUAAUUAUACCGACCGUCAUUACCGAGCUUCGAUCCCGUCUAUCGCCGUACGACUUCGAGAAGAUUGCUAUUUUGAGCGAAUUGUCCACCUCGGUCCUGUCAAAUAUCAGAUGGCGAGACCGCUUCUUAGGCCUUGGCCACGAUGAAGACGAAGACCAGGACAUUGCUACGAUGUUAUCCGAGAGCCUUCAAACAUGGCAGCAAAACACUCCCAGUAUCUCGUUGAUGCCAAUAGGCAUCGGGAAAGACACCCUUGUAGACCACCGGUCUAUAAUCAUUCCGGUUGGCAUCCCCGCCGUCACAGUUGUUCACACUGCGGACCUGAAAUUGGCUGGAAUAACAACCGUAUGCUCUAACACUGUCAUCGCGGUAGCUAACCAGCCCAUCUCGGCGUCGCUAAAGAUCAAGUGGACAAGACAGUGGGAUGAGGAGCAUAAGCCGGACGACAUUCAAGCACAGGAUCUCGAAUUCUAUUACGAGGUGUCAGGGGCGUCCGAUACAUGGCUCAUCGGUGGAAAGCGAAAGGGCCAUUUCACAGUGCCCAAGGAAUCCGGAGGUGGAGAGAUUGCACAGAGACUUUCCUUCCCGGUAGUUCUCAUUCCAUUGCGCGAAGGCACCUUGCCGUUUCCGAAUGUGGAUAUCAAACCAGCACCCUUGGCCAGGGUCAACAAACCUGGUGAUAACAACGAGGAUAGCUCGCGUGGAAAUAUCACAUGUGAGACGGAUUAUAAGAAUGUUGGGGAGACUAUUAGAGUUAUAAAUGACGCGCGGAAGACCACGGUUAGUCUGGAUGCUAGUGGGCCCCAAGGGGGUGCUAUGCUGCUUGAGACUGAAGCGAGAGGGACGAUGAAGAGGGUCGGUGAUGGGUUGAUAACGGCGGAGUGA